UUUUAUUGUAGCUGACAUCUGCAUCUCCAACCCUGAAUCAAAUAUGAAUUCAUCAAAGCUCGUCUUCAUUUGAAAGUAACUUGUUCUAAAACCACGGGCCUUCUGCUUCACAGGACAAGUUCAGUACAGCUGGAUGUUCCUUUCUUUAUUCGGGUUCAUCACACAAAAGCACUAGGCAGAGCUUAAAACAUACAAAACAGAAGAAAACACAAAAUGAACACAAACAUAAAUAAAACACAGAAAUACGGGAUAAAACUAAAAUCAACACAUUAGUGCGGUUGCAUACAUUUGAAAAGCUUUAGCACUGUUUUACGAGAUUCUUAUUUUGUGAUCUCAUUAGAAAGAUUCCAAAUAUAAGAUCACUUACAAAAUAUAUAAAACAAGAAACGUUUCUUUUGAAUUACGCAUGUAAAUCUUUCCUAAGAUAAUUAACAGAUUGAUCAUGUACAUCUGUUUGUCGGAAAAGGUUUGUUUUUUUAAGUAUUUUCUUCUCUUCAAUGUUUCUUCACUAGAUAGUGUGUUUCCGAGUCGCUCUUUUAAAGUUCCCUCCUCGCGCGAGCCCCGCCCCUCUGCGCGCAAGCCGCCGCUCAUUGGCUCGCCGUCGCUCAUUUGCAUUGACGUCAUUCGAGGCUGUAGGUCAAUCCGUGCGCGUGCUUUUAUUGGAUCCGCCGCUGUCACAUUCGCGCCGCUUAUGUUCUCGACGCGCGUUAUUCCUCGUCAGGAAACUCGCGACGCGCAAACGCCUCGUCUUCUGUCACCCGGUGGUCGUCCGUCUGUUUUCUUCGUCCGCCCGCGUCAAACAGAGGCAGAAUCGUAGGCCCUUGAUUGACAGCUGCUCUUUGGCGAGCUCCGCGUUGACGCGCCGCUCCAGAGUUUGAUCUAACGGCCCUUUUGAUGUCAUAGAUGCCGGAUCGCACGUCCCGCGGCGCGUCAGGGCCAGAUUGCAGCCUGUUGAUGGGGAGCGGAAUCAACGCGCCGGUUCGCUCCCAAUGACUGACGCUGAGGCCGCGCGGAGCGAUCGCGUGUGUUUCGCGCCCGUCGAAGGAGAAUAAACGCGCGAAUGGACGAAACCGUCGCGUGAACCGAACCGGAGCCAGAAUCCGCCAGAAAAGAGGCGAAGUUCUCGCGCGGACCGACCGCGACGAUGAGGAGUAACGGGCGCCAGUAAAGCGCUGAGGCGGCGGCGGCGGGAGCACCAUGAGCGGAGCUUCUGUUUGAACCAGAGACUCGAUAGAUCCGAUCUAUCCGAUCGUCUGGAUGAUCUGACAGAGAAACAUUCCUAUUAGCGCAGAACGAGCGGAGCGUCGCGUCGCGUCGCGGCUGAAUGAUGGGCUGCGCCUCCAGCAUCCACAUCUCCGAUCGGGUGGUUUAUCACAGCGGGAAAGAGUCCGAGGACUCGCCGCAGCAGAACUGCCCUCAGCCGGGCCACAUCAAGCCCAGCAACGCCUGUCAGAGCACGUUAACGGAGGUGCAGUUUGGACCAAUGAAGCUCUAUGAAGAUCAGCUGCAGGUACUGUUAGUGUUUGCCAAAGACGAUGCUCAGAGUAAUAGCUUCUGCUGGGCGUGUGAGCGCGGAUUCAGGUGUAAUGUGGCCCGAACGCCAGAAGCGGCGUUGGAGAGUUUCCAGGAGAAGAACCACGAUCUGAUCAUCAUCGACCACAGACAUUCCAGAUACUUUGACGCUGAAGUGCUCUGUCGCUCAAUUCGAGCCAUCAGCUGCUCUCACAACACUGUGAUUGUGGCUGUAGUGAAAAGGCCGGAUCGUGAAGAAGCCACUGUGAUGCCGCUGAUAUCAGCAGGAUUUAACAGGCGAUAUGUGGAGAACUCCAACAUGAUGGCCUGUUAUAACGAACUCAUCCAACUCCAUCAUGGAGAAAUACGAGCUCAGAUCAAACUCAGAGCCUGUAAUGCUGUUUUUACUGCACUGGAACAGAGUCAGGAAGCCAUUGAGAUCAGCAGUGAAGAUCAGAUCAUACAGUAUGUCAAUCCAGCGUAUGAGUGCAUCAUGGGAUACCAGCGUGGGGAACUGCUGAAGGAAAACACUGAAGUGCCUAAGAGUGAAAAAAACAAACCAGACCUGCUGGACAACAUCAGCUCCUGCAUCCGCAGAGGGAAAGAGUGGCAGGGGGUCUAUUAUGCCAAAAAGAAGAACGGAGACAGUGUGCAGCAGAAUGUGAAGAUGACUCCUGUCAUUGGACAGGGAGGUAAAGUCAGGCACUGUGUGUCUGUUAACAGGCCUUUAAAUGACCAUAACAAGACAGAAAAGUCCUGCGAGCGAGUCCAGGCCGAAUCACAGACAGACAUUCAGCAGUCCAGCAAACAUAAGGACCGCAGGAAAGGAUCGCUGGAUGUUCGCUCAACGACGUCUAGAGGAAGUGAUGCAGGAAGUUCUCAGAGGAGACACUCGUCUAUGGCCAGAAUCCACUCCAUGACUAUUGAAGCUCCCAUCACUAAGGUGAUAAACAUCAUCAACGCGGCUCAGGAGAGCAGCCCGAUGCCGGUGGCCGAAGCUCUGGACCGUGUGCUGGAGAUCCUGCGGACGACGGAGUUAUACUCUCCCCAGCUCGGUACUAAAGAAGAAGAUCCUCACACCAACGACCUGGUGGGCGGACUGAUGACCGACGGACUGCGCAGGCUAUCAGGAAACGAGUACAUCUUAGCCACAAAACAGCUGCACCACAUCUCAAGUCACCUGACCACACCACUGUCCCUCAACGAUAUCCCACCAUGCAUUGCUCAGACGAUGGAAAACGAAGACUCGUGGGACUUUGAUAUUUUCAACCUGGAGUCAGCCACCAUGAAGCGGCCUUUAACGUAUCUGGGUCUGAAGAUCUUCUCGCGGUUCGGUGUCUGUGAUUUCCUGAGCUGUCCGGAGGCGACGCUUCGCUCCUGGCUGCAGAUCAUCGAGGCCAAUUAUCACUCCAGCAACUCUUACCACAACUCCACACACGCCGCAGAUGUGCUGCACGCCACCGCGUACUUCCUGUGCAAGGAGCGCGUCAAGCAAAGUCUGGAUCCCAUAGACGAGGUGGCGGCUCUGAUCGCGGCGACCGUGCAUGACGUCGAUCAUCCUGGCCGCACAAACUCCUUCCUGUGUAACGCAGGAAGUGAGCUGGCCAUUCUGUACAAUGACACAGCCGUGCUGGAGAGUCAUCACGCUGCGCUCGCCUUCCAGAUCACCACCCGAGACGACAAGUGCAACAUCUUCAAGAACAUGGAGAGGAACGAGUACCGCACGCUCCGGCAGGCCGUCAUAGACAUGGUCCUCGCCACUGAGAUGACCAAACACUUUGAACACGUCAACAAGUUUGUCAACAGUAUCAACAAACCACUGGCAGCACUGGAGGAGAACGGGGGUAAUGGUGAGGAGGACUCAGUGAAGAGCAUCCUGACGGCUCCAGAGAACCGGAUCCUGGUGAAGAGGAUGUUGAUCAAAUGUGCUGAUAUCUCGAACCCCUGCAGACCGCUGGAGCUGUGCAUCGAGUGGGCCGGACGCAUCUCAGAGGAGUAUUUCGCACAGACGGAUGAGGAGAAGCAGCAGGGUCUUCCGGUCGUGAUGCCCGUGUUUGAUCGGAACACCUGCAGUAUUCCCAAAUCCCAGAUCUCCUUCAUCGACUACUUCAUCACAGACAUGUUCGACGCCUGGGACGCGUUUGCUGAUCUGCCCAAUCUAAUGCAGCAUCUGGACAACAACUUCAAGUACUGGAAGGGUUUGGAUGAGAAGAAGCUGCGCAGCCUGCGACCUCCUCCGGAGUGACACACACACACACACACAGUGUGUGUGUGUGUGUGUGUGUGUGUGUGUGAGGACGAGCGGAGCUAACAGUUGAGCGACGGACGGACAGCGUCUCCUGUGACGAAACACUAGAGAUCGUCUCGACUGUGGAGCACUAGUUUGGUCCAGCUGUUCCUCGUUUUGUUUUUUUUAAUAACUAAUGAUGAGAAUCAUGUUAGCUAAUAAAUCCCCUCAGAAUGAGAGAUGAUCUAAACGCCAAAGGUGAUUAACACGAAUGAUGAUGAUGAUGAUGUUAUUGUGUGUAAUAUCUGCAGACUCAGAAGGAAGCGUCACGUUUUUAUUUCCGCGAGCAUCUGUGAAGACUUCGGGCCUUGAACGGUUUUCCUCCAGAGAUUUUCUAUUUGGUCGAUCUACUGACGAGACUGCUGCCUUAUUUUAUACGCUCUAUUUAUACGGCUCACGGCGCCGGCGACGGACUUCUGCGGUUUUUAACACGCUCACGUUAUAUGAAGUAAAUCUCAAUAUUUUUCUAGAUGAUCAAUUUUACACUGGAACGAUGUGAAGCAUCUCAGACUCCUGGGAGAGGGAGGAUCAUUCAUUCUUCAUCCUGUUUUUGGCGUCUGUGUCCGUGAAGGAUUCUCUCUCCGUCGGGGUUCUGUUUAUUGGAUUCUUUCUGUGUUUCUGGGCUCAAACGCUGCUGGUGUUUUGAAGCGUCCCACCAGCACUUCCUUCGAUCAUCUUCCUCCGAAUCACGCCACAGACCAGCGUCUUCAGCCCGGCCGCGCUGCGCUCCCAAACGAAAGAAUGAGAUUAUAUUUUGUAUUUAGGACCAUUAUGAUUUCUUUUUUUUUUUUGCGUCGUGACAUUACUUUCAUGAUGAAUUACCUCUUCUUCAAAUUCCUCUUUAAAUUCUCAUCUGUAAUGUCAAAAGGAAUUAUUUAAAUUGUAAAGUAUUUCUACAUCAUUGUAGUAUUUGUUGUACUGCCCUUUUUGAUUUAAUAAAAAAAAAGCUAUUUUUUAUUGUAAA